UCGAAGGGGAGGCGAGGAAGAGAAAGGAACUAUACGCCGAGACCAAACCACAAAGAUAGCUGGUUCGGUGACUGCAACCUUUGUACACCUACCGGAGACAGCUGACAUCCAGCACAUAAAGCGGUGCCUGUACCCUGCGAGUGUGAGUAUGGAGCAGUGUGAGAGUGCGGCCUCUCUCUUGGCCUCCGUGCGGGAGCAGGAGGUGCAGUUUGAGCGGCUGACUCGGGCUCUGGAGGAGGAGAGGAGGCGAGUCGGACCCGUCAGCACCCUUCCCCGCCCCCUCCCCACCCCACAGAACGGGCGUGUGGCUGGUGAUGCAGAGAUAGAGAGACUCAAACUCAGUGAAGCAUACGCCAACGGCACACAGUACAGGAUGUUGGACCCGGGUCAGAUUGUUGAGGAGACGGUUACUGUACAAGAGGACCCCCAGGAGGUGCCCUCCAUCUCCGUGGAGACAGAUGAGGAUGGCACUACGCGGCGCACUGAGACCACGGUGAAGAAGGUGGUGAAGACAGUCACCACGCGCACGGUCAUCCCCUCCGUCUCCGACACGCUCUCUCUGGACGGGGGAGGCUCUGUCACGGGGGGGUACUCCACCAUGGACCGGGUCUACAGGCAGGGCGGGGGCGUCGGGGGGGACUACCCAACUGUCCCCCGAAACUACCACUACGGCCCCCCAGGAGGGUACGAUGACUACAGGCCAGGGCCCCCCUCAGAGGCCUACUCCAGCCUGAGCAGAGGGGCGCACAUGGACGACCGCUACAGGCCUGUGGACGGGUACCGCACGCUGGACUCGGGGUACCGGGCCCCCAGCCGGCAGCAGCUGGACCCGUACGCCGCGCAGCCGCAGGUGCGCAUGGGCAGCGCCAUGGAGCUGUCGGCCAUGCAGCGAUUCGUCCCCGAGCCCUACGGCCUGGAGGACGACCAGCGCAGCCUGGGCUACGACGAGCCUGACUACGGCAUGGGCCCGCCCAUCCACUACGGCACCGUGCCCCGCCUGGCCACCGCGCACGCACCCCCCCGCAGGAUCGGGAGCUACGAGGGCGCUCUGGACCGGGACAUGGGUGAUAUGUACUACUGGGGUGGCGGCGCCCCCCUGGCGCAGGGGGAGAGGGGCAGCAUGGCCUCUCUGGACAGCACCCUGCGAAAGGGGCCCCCCCCCACAGGCUGGAGGCAGCCGGAGCUGCCCGAGGUCAUCGCCAUGCUCAACUACCGCCUGGACCCGGUGAAGAGCAACGCCGCCGCCUUCCUGCAGCACCUCACCUUCAAAAACGACAAGGUGAAGUCGGACGUGCGCCGGCUGAAGGGCAUCCCCUCACUGGUGUCCCUGCUGGACAACCCCCGGAAGGAGGUGCACCACGCUGCCUGCGGGGCGCUGAAGAACAUCUCGUACGGCCGCGACCCCGACAACAAGAUCGCAAUAAAGAACUGCGACGGAGUUCCUGCGCUGGUGCGGCUGCUGCGAAAAGCCAGAGACCAGGACCUGACCGACACCAUCACGGGCACGCUGUGGAACCUGUCGUCCCAUGACUCUGUGAAGAUGGAGAUCGUGGACCACGGCCUGAACGCGCUGUCCAGCGAGGUGCUGGUGCCGCACUCGGGCUGGGAGAGCGGGGGCGACGGUGCCGGGGGGGAGGAGAGCUGCAAACCCCGAUACCUGGAAUGGGAGACGUCUCUGACCAACACCACCGGCUGCCUCAGAAACGUCAGCUCAGAGCGCAGCGAGGCCAGGCGGAAGCUGAGGGAGUGCACCGGAUUGGUCGACUCGCUCAUGUACAUCGUCCAAUCACAGAUCGACCGUAAAGAGGUGGACAACAAGCUGAUAGAGAACAGCGUGUGUCUGCUGAGGAAUCUGUCCUAUCAGGUACACAGGGAGGUGCCUGGGCAUGAGCGCUAUCAGGAGGCCACGCCCCCCAGCCAGGGCCCCGCCUCCAGCUCCUCACAAAAGACCGGCUGCUUCAGCUCGCGCAAAGGCAAAGGGAGGAAAGAGGGUGAUGAUACGACAGCAGACCCGAUCGACCUUCCAAAGAGAACCACACCUGCCAAAGGGUACGAGCUGCUGUUCCAGCCGGAGGUGGUGCGUGUCUACACCUCCCUUCUGAAGGAGAGCAAGAAUCCCGUGGUGCUGGAGGCUGCGGCAGGAGCUGUGCAGAACCUGUGUGCCGGCCGCUGGACGUACGGGAGGUAUAUCCGCACCAUGGUUCGGCAGGAGAAGGGUCUGAUCAUGAUGACGGAGCUGCUGUCGCACUCCAACGACCGUGUGGUGAGGGCCAUGUCCGGAGCCCUGAGGAACCUGGCCAUCGAUGGCAGGAACAGGGACCUGCUGGGGAAGCACGCGGUGCCUAGCCUGGUGGGGAACCUGCCGGGGGCGGGGCAGCAGCAGCCGGUGAGGGCUCUGUCGGAGGCCACUGUGGUGUCUGUGCUCAGCACGCUGGCCGAGGUGCUGGGGUCCAGCGUGGAGGCGGCCAAGACACUGCGCGCCUCACAGGGUAUCGAGAGGCUGGUGCUCAUCAACAAGGACGGGAACCGGUCGGAGCGGGAGGUGAGGGGGGCGGGGCAGGUGCUGCAGAUCGUCUGGGGCUUUAAGGAGCUUCGCCGCACGCUGGAGAAGGACGGCUGGAAGAAGACGGACUUCAUGGUGAACCUGAACCCCCCCGCGGCCCCCCGCAGUAACGGAGCCUACGAGGACAGCACCCUGCCCCUCAUCGACCGAGGAGAGAAGAGUGACAGAGAGCCAGACAUGAUCCCCCUGAAUGAUAUGGGACCUGAUGCCUACUCCACACUGGACCCGAGGGAGAGGAGAAACACCCUGGAGAACUCCCUCGACACGUCAGAUCGAGACGCUGUACAGGGGGAGGUGUAUGGAGACAGAGAGGGCUCGGAGCCUCUGGUUGACUCAUACGACGAAAAACUGAUCAUCUGCCUAGCCUGGAGAGCGCAGCCAGUCCACACCCUGUGCCACUGCUGAGAGCCGCCCACACCGCAGCAGAGACUCAAACCCCCCUCCCCGCCCCCCCACGGCUCGCCUGUGCUCCUCAUCGUCCUCCUCUUCCUCCUCAUCCUCGCACACUCUGAGAGGGAGAGGACGUUCACACUCACCGUCUUCAUGGUAACACUGGUAAUGGUCGUCACCAGCCCACGCUUCCCUGGGCGGGUCGGAUUCCCUGUGCGGUUCUGCACCCGUGUCCACCUGUGGAGGUCGGCUCCGCCGACCCAAGCGAGCUGCUUACAGACCAUCCGCACAGCUACGUCUCUCCCCCGGCUGUUCUCUCCUUGCACUCACCUUGCGACAAUCAUAAUUACUAUGGUUAUGAUUAUUCCUGAUACUCUAACGGGGACAUAUCCUGCUGCUACUGUUAGCAUCGUAGUUGCUGUUAUUGUUAUUAAUUCUGAAUUGGGUUCAGCUACAAUGAAAUACUUACAGGUCACUGGAAAGUCUUUUGGCGUAAUUCCUGUGUGUGAAUAUAUAUAUAUAUAUAUAUAUAUAAUCGUAGUCCCCAUGGUAUGUAAAUGGAAAGCUUUGGAGGUAGAGAGGUGUUUAUACGGUGGUUUACACCCACAGUAUAAUGUAGAUUAACAGUUCUUUUUAUAUUCCCUCUUUAUUUCCCCUCCUCUGCCUCCUCCCUCCUUCUAGCGUGCCUGAUUUCCCCUUUCCCCCUCCCUCUCCAUCUCGCUCCUCUAAAAACGGACCUCCUCAGUCAGAGGUUCUUCAGCAGGCCCACUAACCUCUGAUGUUCUCAUAUUUAAAACGCAAAGGAAAAGUGUCUGCGAUGUCAUGAUGGAUUCAGAAUCCACGCAGCCCCUUGUGGUCUCAGGUUUAGUGGACAGGUCUGUACAUUAAUACGGGGGUCUAGCAGUGUAGCCAGAGUUUGGGCUAUUAGGGACAUCUGGGGUUUGAUGAUGUUCUGGUUUAGAAUGUACAGAUCAGAUUAAUAGCGUAAUAAUAAAAUGUUAAUGUAUGUAUAUAAAGUGAAAGCACCCUGUUAGAGCCAAGUGCUGUUA